CAUCGAAACGUACUAUAGGGAAUUACUCGAUGUUCCUUGACGUCUGUAUUUUGACGUCACUCCUCAUUCUUAAAAGGUAAGACGCUCGACCGACAAACGCAUUCGAGAAGAACUUUUAGCAACACAACAAAGUUUUCCUAACGUCAGGCUCUCAGUCGUCUACUUUUGUUAUCUGUGAGAAACUUUCAGAUAUGCAGUUCAUCAGCUUGGUCGCGUCUCUGUCGCUGCUGAUCGUCGCAGGAGUGAGUCACGGCCUCCCAGCCGCCGUCACGGCCCCUCCUCAGGUGGCCGCUCAGUGCCCCUACACGCCGGGAGAGUACCCUCUGCUGCUGCCCAACCCCGUCGACUGCGGCUCCUUCUACAUGUGCAGCUGGUACGGGACGGCCCUGUUGCAGCACUGUCCUCCUAUGCUACACUUGAACGCCAAGCUGCAGGUGUGUGACUCUCCUGCAAACGCCAACUGUGUCCAGAGAACCACAGCUGCUCCUGUUUCCAGCACCACCUCUGCUGCUCCAUUCUCCAAUGUGACAUCAACUGUUUCUGUCUCCAACAUAACUACAGUUGUCCCAACCUCCAAUAUAACUACAGCUUCUCCAAUCAGCAAUGUAACCACACCUGCUCCUAUCGCCAAUGCGACCACUGCUGUUCGUUCUCCUUUGUGACCGCAGCGGUUCAAAACUCUAGUGUAGCCGCAACUGCAUUCAGUCGGUCUAGUCUCCUGUAUCUCCAGUUGCUCCAGUAUCCAGAGUAACUCAAGAGGAGGAUUACAAUUGCUGUUAAGACAUUUCCUCGUACAUUAUGUAUUUAUUUUGGAAUAAAAGUUUUAAAUACAAGCUUUAUCGAU